UGAGCAUCGCCUUUUCUACUUCUUCCGGUGACGUCAGACAACUUUCAAACUUUUGGCGGUUGACUGGGUUUUGAUAACUUUUUAAGAGUGUCAAGUGAGCACACGAAUAAACAUGGAUUCAAUUAUGACGAACCUUCUUGUUGGGCUUUCAGUCAACAUCCAAAGAAGCGAUGGUAAGCUGUGUAGCAAACUUUAUUUAUUUAUUGUACCUUCAUUUUACCAGGGAACAUUGGCUAGGUCUCUUUUUCAAAUGUGCGCUGCACAAUACAACCAAAUAUACACAUUACGUUAAGGUGGUUAGCAAGUUAGAUUUGCCUCCCACAUGAUUUCGCUUCUUAGUUAGCUAACAGGAACGUACGUUAUGUAUUUGGAUGUUAUUUGUUGUAUUAGCUACAGUAACUAACUUUUUUUUAAAUACUUAAGUCAGUUACUGUACUGUAUAGUAUAGGUGAAUGAGUUGAACACAGCUAGCCGAAUUUACUCAACACAACGUUAACUGCGCACGGCACGGCUAAUCUUACCUGUGUGGUUGUUGAUUUGCAGUAACUAGCUAAUAGUCUGUAAUUAUUACAGGUGCCUACUGACUUAAAUAGUUAGCUACUGUAGUUACAAAGAAACAAGAUGGCUAAAUACUUUAGUAAAUUUAGCUAGGUAGUUAACUUUGCUAACGUUAGUUGGACAGGAUAAUAAUGAAGCCAUCCGUUGGUUAGUUUUUACUAGUAUAGUUAACGUUACCCUCUUGUAGAAAUGGGUGACUAACGUUAGCUACCUAAUAUUAGCUCUGGUCCAGGCAGGGCAUUGCAGUUUGAUUAACUGACUAAACUCUACGGUUAAGGAAGUUUCUAAUGAACUCCACCAACUUCCUUCCCCGUGGAGUUUAGUCAGCUAGGCAUUGGUGUGAACUUGCUAACAGGUGGUGUAAUGUGACUGAUGGCUGAAUGUGUUUAUAGGGCGAGUGCAUCCUGCAAACGUCAAAGCUGUUGAUUCCACAAAAUCUACUGUGAAGGUUGAAUGGUUUGAGAAAUCAGUAUGCAGGGGAAAGGAGGUAAGUGACUCAAAAGAGUGCCUUGUCUAUGUUACAGAGAACAAUUGACUGAAAGUGCUCGAUCUUAAACUUUACUGAUGCUUUUUUGGGACCAUAUCAACAGUUGACUAAUGAACAAAAUACUAACAUGUUUCUUUGAGUGGAAUAUCCCGUUUAAACUAGUUUGAGUGACAUGUAAUACGUUUGGACUCGUGUAAGAGAUCUGGAUGACAAUAGUUGGAUCUUUCAAAGAUCUAGCUAUGCUAUGUGCUGCAAGUCUUUUAAACUGAAACGGAUGAUUGUUGACAUACUGCUGCUAUUCCUGUCCUUUAGCUCGAAAUGAAUGAAUUAUGGUCCCUGAAUGAAGAGCUUUUUGAGCACAUGAAAUCCGCUACUACACCUACUCCUGGAGAGAAGGUAAGCCUACUCUAGGGGUGGGCCUAGGAACUUGAGCUUCAUAGUGUAUUGCAUUUGAAAGUUGAUAGUCCUAAAGUCAGGAACAAUGUCUACAUGUGUGAUUUUAUUUUCUCCAGAAAUAUGAAAGCCGUCUCCGUUCAUCCAGGAUCCCUGCUCCUUCCAAUCGUAAGUGAUUUGUCUUUAAGUUAUUAGGAGUAGUUCUAGUAUGUCUUAGAACAGGGUUUUUGGGGGGUUAGAAAAGACUGUAAAAUCAAUAGGAAUUCAGCAAAAAAUGAGUUUAGUUUAUGAAAAUCUGUUAAUUUAGGAAAUCUGUGAAAAUAUUCCCAUGAAUUAAAAAAAAAAGAGACGUGAUCAUGUCUCAAUGUAAUCAACAAUUAAAUUAUUUUUACUUUCAAAUAUCUUUUUGGACUUAGUUGCGGACAAUUUGCAGUGUACAAAUUAUUAUAAUUAUGUUCCAGCUCCCAACCAUUCACUCCGAAACAAAAAUCAUCCUGCAGCUGAAUCUAGUUGCCUACCCCCGUCUUAGAAGUGUGUAUUUCAUUGGUGUGGUGUGUGUGUGAUGGUUGAUUUUAAGGAUAUUUCCUUCAUAAGCUUCUGCUCCAGCGGGUCCUGAGGAGACAGGUUUGCAUGCAAUGUAUGUUGCUCUCUAAGCAAAUCAUAUGCUAAAUCACUUUAUAUUAGAUGGAAUCCCAUCAUAUAGGGCUAUUUUCCUCACACUUGUACCUUGAUUUGAAGAUAAAAUCACAGUGGCCUGUAUCUUCAGAUGCACAAUAACUUUACAAACUUUUGGUGUUGAGUGGAACUGCCCUUGUAGUGGGACAGUACGUGAUCUGUACAUAAAUAAUUGAUUAACUAUUUGGUCCGUGAUGGCUACCAAUCAUGUACAGAGAAGAUGUAUACCAUACUGUUUACAACUACAAUUCAAUUUUGUGACAAUAGGUUCCAUAUGGAAUAGGUUCCAAAAUAUGUCUGUAUUCAAUCUUAAAUCAGUCUACUGUGGUUGAAACUAUAUAGACAUAGACUUGAGUAUACCAAACAUUAUGAACCGCUCUUUCCAUGACACAGACUGACCAGGUGAAUCCAGGUGAAAGCUAUGAUCCCUUAUUGAUGUCAACACUUCAAUCAGUAUAGAUGAAGGGUUGGAGACCGGUUAAAGAAGGAUUUCUAAGCCUUGAGACAAUUGUGACAUGGAUUGUGCAUUUCAGUGCCAUUCAGAGGGUGAACGGGCACGACAAAAUAUUUAAGUGCCUUUGAAUGGGGUAUGGUAGUAGGUGCCAGGUGCACCGGUUUGUCAAGAACUGCAACGCUGCUGUGUUUUUCAAAAAUGGUCCACCACCCAAAGGGUAUCCAACCAACUUGACACAACUGUGGGAAGCGUUGGAAGGAUUACUUUAUACUAUUCCAGGUAUUCCUUAAAGAGGUAGGGUUUCAAGUGUCUCCGGAAGGUGAUCAGUGACUCCGCUGUCCUGGCGUUGUGGGGGAGCUUGUUCCACCAUUGGGGUGCCAUAGCAGCGAAUAGCUUUGACUGGGCUGAGCAGGAACUGUGCUUCCAUAGAGGUAGGGGAGCUAGCAGGCCAGAGGUGGAUGAACGUAGUGCCCUCGUUUGGGUGGAGGGUCUGAUCAGAUCCUGAAGGUAAGGAGGUGCCGUUCCCCUCACAGCUCCGUAGGCAAGCACCAUGGUCUUGUAGUAGAUGCGAGCCUCAACUGGAAGCCAGUGGAGUGUGCGGAGGAGCGGGGUGACAUGAGAGAACUUGGGAAGGUUGAACACCAGACGGGCUGCAGCGUUCUGGAUGAGUUGUAGGGGUUUAAUGGCACAGGCAGGGAGCCCAGCCAACAGCGAGUUGCAGUAAUCCAGACGGGAGAUGACAAGUGCCUGGAUUAGGACCUGUGCCGCUUUCUGUGUAAGGUAGGGUCGUACUCUGCAAAUGUUGUAGAGCAUGAACCUGUAGGAUCGGGUCACCGCUUUGAUGUUAGCGAAGAACGACAGGGUGUUGUCCAGGGUCACGCCAAGGUUCUUUGCACUCUGGGAGGAGGACACAAUGGAGUUGUCAACCGUGAUGGCGAGAUCAUGGAGCGGGCAGUCCUUCCCCAGGAGGAAGAGCAGCUCUGUCUUGCCGAGGUUCAGCUUGAGGUGGUGAUUCGACAUCCACACUGACAUGUCUGCCAGACAUGCAGAGAUGCGAUUCGCCACCUGUUUAUCAGAAGGGGGAAAGGAGAAAAUUAAUUGUGUGUCGUCUGCGUAGCAAUGAUAGGAGAGACCAUGUGAGGAUAUGACAGAGCCAAGUGACUUGGUCUUAAUUAAGACCUAGACAACCAGGUGAGGGUAUUUGGUAUUUUAUUAGAAUCCCCAUUGUUGUGAAAACAGCGUCUACUCUUACACAUGAAAUAUGACGACAUACAGAACAUUAAUAGACAAGAACAGCUGAAGGACAGAACUACAUGCAUUUAAAAACGGCACACGUAGCCUACAUAUCAAUACAUACCCACAAUAUCUAGGUCAAAUAGAGGCGAGGCAUUGUGCCGUGAGAUGUUGCUUUAUCUGUUGUUUUUUAAACCAUGUUUGCUGUUCAUUUGAGCAAUAUGAGAUGGGAGUUCCAUGCAUUAAUGGCUCUACAGUGGGGGAAAAAGUAUUUAGUCAGCCACCAAUUGUGCAAGUUCUCCCACUUAAAAAGAUGAGAGGCCUGUAAUUUUCAUCAUAGGUACACGUCAACUAUGACAGACAAAAUGAGAAAAAAUAAAUCCAGAAAAUCACAUUGUAGGAUUUUUAAUGAAUUGAUUUGCAAAUUAUGGUGGAAAAUAAGUAUUUGGUCACCUACAAACAAGCAAGAUUUCUGGCUCUCACAGACCUGUAACUUCUUCUUUAAGAGGCUCCUCUGUCCUCCACUCGUUACCUGUAUUAAUUGUCACCUGUUUGAACUUGUUAUCAGUAUAAAAUACACCUGUCCACAACCUCAAACAGUCACACUCCAAACUCCACUAUGGCCAAGACCAAAGAGCUGUCAAAGGACACCAGAAACAAAAUUGUAGACCUGCACCAGGCUGGGAAGACUGAAUCUGCAAUAGGUAAGCAGCUUGGUUUAAAGAAAUCAACUGUGGGAGCAAUUAUUAGGAAAUGGAAGACAUACAAGACCACUGAUAAUCUCCCUCGAUCUGGGGCUCCACGCAAGAUCUCACCCCGUGGGGUCAAAAUGAUCACAAGAGCGGUGAGCAAAAAUCCCAGAACCACACGGGGGGACCUAGUGAAUGACCUGCAGAGAGCUGGGACCAAAGUAACAAAGCCUACCAUCAGUAACACACUACGCCGCCAGGGACUCAAAUCCUGCAGUGCUAGACGUGUCCCCCUGCUUAAGCCAGUACAUGUCCAGUCCGUCUGAAGUUUGCUAGAGUGCAUUUGUAUGAUCCAGAAGAGGAUUGGGAGAAUGUCAGAUGAAACCAAAAUAUAACUUUUUGGUAAAAACUUAACUCGUCGUGUUUGGAGGACAAAGAAUGCUGAGUUGCAUCCAAAGAACACCAUACCUACUGUGAAGCAUGGGGGUGGAAACAUCAUGCUUUGGGGCUGUUUUUCUGCAAAGGGACCAGGACGACUGAUCCGUGUAAAGGAAAGAAUGAAUGGGGCCAUGUAUCGUGAGAGUUUGAGUGAAAACCUCCUUCCAUCAGCAAGGGCAUUGAAGAUGAAACGUGGCUGGGUCUUUCAGCAUGACAAUGAUCCCAAACACACCGCCCGGGCAACGAAGGAGUGGCUUCGUAAGAAGCAUUUCAAGGUCCUGGAGUGGUCUAGCCAGUCUCCAGAUCUCAACCCCAUAGAAAAUCUUUGGAGGGAGUUGAAAGUCCGUGUUGCCCAGCGACAGCCCCAAAACAUCACUGCUCUAGAGGAGAUCUGCAUGGAGGAAUGGGCCAAAAUACCAGCAACAGUGUGUGAAAACCUUGUGAAGACUUACAGAAAAUGUUUGACCUGUGUCAUUGCCAACAAAGGGUAUAUAACAAAGUUUUGAGAAACUUUUGUUAUUCACCAAAUACUUAUUUUCCACCAUAAUUUGCAAAUCAAUUCAUUAAAAAUCCUACGAUGUGAUUUUCUGGAUCAUUUUUUUCUCAUUUUGUCUGUCAUAGUUGACGUGUACCUAUGAUGAAAAUUACAGGCGCCUCAUCCUUUUUAAGUGGGAGAACUUGCACAAUUGGUGGCUGACUGGUGGCAUGUCUGGUGGGGUAAGUGUGUGUGUCAGAGCCGUGUAUAAGUUGACUAUGUAAACAAUUUGGAAUUUUCCACACAACGUUUCUUAUAAAAAGAAGUGAUGCAGUCAUUCUCCUCAACUUUUAGCCAGGAGAGACUGGCAUGCAUAUUAUUUAUAAUAGCCUUCUGAUUCCAAUGAAGAGCAAGACGUGCCACUCUGUUCUGGGCUAGCUGCAGUUUAACCUCUACGGGAUCGGUGUCCCGUAUACAGGACGGUUGAGCUAACGUGCGCUAAUGUGAUUAGCAUGACUGUUGUAAGUAACAGCAAACUUUCCAGGACAUAGACAUGUCAUAUAUGGGCAGAAAGCUUACAUUCUUGUUAAUCUAACUGCACUGUCCAAUUUACAAUAGCUAUUACAUUGAAAAAAUACCAUGCUAUUGUUUGAGGAGAGUGCACAACAACAAAAAAACGUAUCACGGCAAUUGGUUUGAUACAUUCACCUCUGAAGGUAAAUAAUGUACUUACGUUCAGUAAUCUUGCUCUGAUUUGUCAUCCUAAGGGUCCCAGAGAUAACAUUUAGCAUAGUUUUGUUUGAUAAAAUCAAUUUUAUAUUCAAAUGUAGGAACUGGGUUCUACAGUUUGAACCCCUGCUGUCUCUGGCUCCACACCCACCCCGCCCGGCCAACUAGAUGUGUGAAAGUUAGUGUAUAAGCUAAUGAUCCAUCAUGUAUGACAUUCCUGGGAGUGUGUAAAUUUACAUUUUGUAUUACCAUAUCAUUUUUGUAUGUUCUCUAUAGUUAUGUACUUGGAAAAUGUACCAGUUGACCAAUUCGGCAUAUGUGGCCAGACUUGAUACAAAAUAGUCCAGUAUUGCAACGCGUCACUGGAUCAAUCUGAAACUUUGCGCACGCACACUGCUGCCAUCUAGUGGCCAAAAUCUAAAUUGUGCCUAAACUGCAAUAUAUUGUGGCCUUUCUCUUGCAUUUCAAAGAUGAUGGAAUAAAUAAAUAGAAAACGCAUGUUGUUUUUUUGUAUUAUCUUUUACCGGCUCUGUGUUAUAUUCUCCUACAUAAAUUUCACAUUUCCACAAACUUCAAUGUUUUUCCUUUGAAAUGGUAUCAAGAAUAUGCAUAUCCUUGCUUCAGGUCCUGACCUACAGGCAGUUAGAUUUGGGUAUGUCAUUUUAGAUGAAAAUUGGAAGAAAAGGGUCCGAUCCUUAAGAGGUUAACUAAACUCAGCAAAAAAAGAAACGUCCCUUUUUCAGUACCCUGUCUUGCAAAGAUAAUUUGUAAAAAUCCAAAUAACUUCACAGAUCUUCAUUGGAAAGGGUUGAAACUCUGUUUCCCAUGCUUGUUCAAUGAACCAUAAACAAUUAAUGAACAUGCACCUGUGGAACAGUCGUUAAGACACAAACAGCUUACAGACGGUAGGCAAUUAAGGUCACAGUUAUGAAAACUUAGGACACUAAAGAGGCCUUUCUACUGACUCUGGAAAAACACAAAAAAAAGAAGCCCAGGGUCCCUGCUCAUCUGCGUGAACGUGCCUUAGGCAUGCUGCAAGGAGGCAUGAGGACUGCAGAUGUGGCCAAGGAAAUAAAUUGCAAUGUCCCUACUGUGAGAUGCCUAAGACAGCGCUACAGGACGGACAGCUGAUCGUCCUCGCAGUGGCAGACCACGUGUAACAACACCUGCACAGGAUCGGUACAUCCGAACAUCACACCUGCGGGUCAGGUACAGGAUGGCAACAACAACUGCCCGAGUUACACCAGGAACGCACAAUCCCUCCAUCAGUGCUCAGACUGUCCGAGAGAGGCUGGACAUGAAAUGUUUUGCCAUGGCCAGCGAAGAGCCCGGAUCUCAAUCCCAUUGAGCACGUCUGGGACCUGUUGGAUCGGAGGGUGAGGGCUAGGGCCAUUCCCCCCAGAAAUGUCUGGGAACUUGCAGGUGCCUUGGUGGAAGAGUGGGGUAACAUCUCACAGCAAGAACUGGCAAAUCUGGUGCAGUCCAUGAGGAGGAGAUGCACUGCAGUACUUAAUGCAGCUGGUGGCCACACCAGAUACUCUUACUUUUGAUUUUGACCCCCCCCCCCCCCCCCCCCCCCCCUUUGUUCAGGGACACGUUAUUCAAUUUCUGUUAGUCUGUGGAACUUGUUCAGUUUGUCUGUUGUUGAAUCAUCUUAUGGUCAUACAAAUAUUUACACAUGUUAAGUUUGCUGAAAGUAAACGCAGUUGACAGUGAGAGGAAGUUUAUUUAUUUGCUGAGUUUAGGUAUUUUCUUUGCAGCACUUGACCACAUGACUGAACAAUAAUCAAGAUAAGACAACUAGAGCCUGCAGGACUUGCUUUUUGGAGUGUGGUGUCAAAGUAUUAUGGACAGACCUCUCCCCAUCUUUACAACCAUUGAAUCUAUAUAUUUUGACCAUGACAGUUUACAAUCUAAGGUAACACCAAGUAAUUUAGUCUCCUCAACUUGUUCAACAAAGGGAAGUUCCUUACUAAUUAGUGACCUUAAUUCAUCAAUCAAGUACAAUGGUGGAUCAAAAACCCACAGACACUCGGCCCUCCUUGGAAUGAGUUUGACGUGGCUUAUGGCAUGCCUGAUUCACCCAGCUAAAAUUGAACACACAUAGAGGAUUAGUGGUGGUAAAGGAGCUGGCCAGCUGUUUACUAGGCCUAAAUAGAAAUCAUUAUAUUUCUAUGGUUUAGUGUUUAGUGUCUAGUGUUGGGAUCAGAAGGAUGAUGAACAAGCGUUAUUAAUCAUACCAAGACUACUUCAUUCAACUGUAGUGGUAAAGGUGUUAUGCUAAAUGUAUUCUCUUCUUCUCAGUUCCACUUCCCAGAAAGUCCAUACGGCAGACAUGCUUGUUCCGGCCCCCUCCUCCAAUCUCUGAGCCUGCUAAGACUAAACAAGACUUCCUGUCUUCAGAGUAUCCACCUUCUGUCCUCAAAGCUUCAGGUGGGGGUUGCUUCUCAUUUUGUGAUUGAAAGGCUGGUCAUGGCUCACAUCAACACCAUUAUCCCAGAAACCCUAGACCCACUCCAAUUUACAUACCGCCCCAACAGAUCCACAGAUGAUGCAAUCUCUAUUGCACUCCACACUGCCCUUUCCCACCUGGACAAGAGGAACACCUACGUGAGAAUGCUGUUCAUUGACUACAGCUCAGCGUUCAACACCAUAGUGCCCUCAAAGCUCAUCACUAAGCUAAGGACCCUGGGACUAAACACCUCCCUCUGCAACUGGAUCCUGGACUUCCUGACGGGCCGCCCCCAGGUGGUAAGGGUAGGUAACAACACAUCUGCCACGCUGAUUCUCAACACAGGGGCCCCACAGGGGUGCGUGCUCAGUCCCCCCCUGUACUCCCUGUUCACCCAUGACUGCAUGGCCAGGCACGACUCCAACACCAUCAUUAAGUUUGCCGACGACACAACAGUGGUAGGCCUGCUCACCGACAACGAUGAGACGGCCUAUAGGGAGGAGGUCAGAGACCUGGCCGUGUGGUGCCAGGAUAACAACCUCUCCCUCAACGUGAUCAAGACAAAGGAGAUGAUUGUGGACUACAGGGGGGAAAAAGAGGACUAAGCACGCCCCCAUUCUCAUCGACAGGGCUGUAGUGGAACAGGUUGAGAGCUUCAAGUUUCUUGGUGUCCAUAUCACCAACGAACUAUCAUGGUCCAAACACACCAAGACUGUUGUGAAGAGGGUACAACAAAGCCUAUUCCCCCUCAGGAGACUGAAAAUAUUUGGCAUGGGUCCUCAGAUCCUCAAAGUUCUACAGCUGCACCAUCGAUAGCAUCCUGACUGGUUGCAUCACCGCCUGGUGUGGCAAAUGCUCGGCCUCCGACCACAAGUCACUACAUAGGGUAGUGCGUACUGUCCAGUACAUCACUGGGGCCAAGCUUGCUGCCAUCCAGGACCUCUAUACCAGGCGGUGUCAGUGGAAGGCCCUAAAAAUUAUCAAAGACUUCAGCCACCCUAGUCAUAGACUGUUCUCUCUGCUACCGCACGGCAAGCGGUACCGGAGCGCCAAGUCUAGGUCCAAAAUGCUUCUUAACAGCUUCUACCCCCAAGCCAUAAGACUCCUGAACAGCUAAUCAUGGCUAUCCGGACUAUUUGCAUUGCCCCCCCCCCCCCCCCCCCCCCCCCUUUUACGCUGCUGCUACUCUGUUUAUUAUUUAUGCAUAGUCACUUUAACUCAACCCACAUGUACAUAUUUCCUCAAUUACCUCGACUAACCGGUGCCCCCUGUAUAUAGCCUCCCUACUGUUAUUUUAUUUUACUGCUGCUCUUUAAUUAUUUGCUAUUUUUUACUUUUGACUUAUCUAUUUUUGACUUAACACAUGUAAUUUUUCAAAUUUUAAAAUUUUCUUAACUGCAUUGUUGGUUAAGGGCUUGUAAGCAUUUCACUAAUGUCUACACCUGUUGUAUUCAGCACAUGUGGCAAAUAAGAUUUGAUUUCUGAUUUCUUGCCUAUCCUUUAUAGGCUGGCCCCAGAUCUGUUUGUGCUCUUGCCAACUCCAUUGAUGUCAUUGUCGAGUGACGGAGUUGGCAUGAUGGCACAAACCGACUGGCGCUCAGGCUAUAUCUCUUACUGUUAUUCAAAUAAUUAAUUCCAUUACCCUCAUAAUUAUUUCCCUCUGUGUCUUCUUGAUAUUCAACAUGCUUCAUUUUCCAGGUGUGCCCAACCGAGAGGGGAAGAGGAACGAUCAGAGACAGACUGUUGUCCUGCCGCCAGUCAAUGAGGCCCUGAAGGAGAAUGAAGCCAAGAGUGUCUCCUCAGUCACCUCAAGUGAGCUUUAGGAACUUUGAGUCACACAAAUCACUAUGUUUAUCGCUUUGGACCUGUAUUCAUAAAUAGUCUCAGAAGAGGAAUGCUGAUCUACGAUCAGUUUUGCCUUCUAGAUCACAAUUAAUAAGACAUUAAAUGGACAAGGGGACCUGAUUCUAGACUGAGACGCCCUGCUAUCUUCGUGAGCAUCAUUCAUCACAUUUGAUAUCUUCACUCUUUCAGACAGACGGAGAUCCGUGCUACCCCAAGACAUGAGCAAACCAGUGAACAAAAGAUUGUCCCAUGCAGUCAAGAGCUAUGACAUGGUUCCCAAGAAGGGAAAGGUAUGAGACAUUGUAUAAUGUUUACAUGGUACUAUUGUCCUGUGGAAAUGAGCUUUCAUGUAGAUGCAGACCAGUAGGUCUAUAGCUAACUUACUGUCAAUUCACCCCAAUUCAUUUUUAUGCAUUUGAAGUUGCCAGCACAGUGAAAGCAUUUACACAAAUAUUUUGAAAUACUACAGACCCAACAGUUUAUCACUUCUCUUAUACAUGUAUUUCUGCUUCCUGUAGUUUGGAGACACAAACCGACCGAACAAGCAGUUUUACCAGAUGAUUGAAGACUUCAGAGAGACCUUGGAAGUACUUCCUUUAUCUCCAUCUGAUACGGUAAGAUGAACAAGUGUUGAAAUGUGGAAGGGCAUUUAUAAUUAGUGAUUAUAUUUGAGAAUAUAUCUUAAAUUAUUAUUUUUGGUCAACAGGUUGAAGCUCAUAGAAUUUGUGUGUGUGUUCGCAAGCGUCCUCUCAACAAUAAAGGUAUGCUUAAUUGUCUAAACUAAGAACGUUUUAACUCACUCCUUGUAUCAUCACCCUGCUUCUUGGGUCCAUUCUAAUGUUGAGUUUCUAUGUGUGACUGUCUUAGAGGUGACCAAGAAAGAAAUUGAUGUGGUGACUAUCCCUGGUAAUGGAACGCUGCUCGUUCAUGAACCCAAGCAGAAAGUGGACCUGACCAAAUACUUGGACAACCAGGUCUUCCAUUUUGACUACUCCUUUGACGAGUCAUCCACCAAUGACUUAGUGUACAGGUAUUCACUUUUUAUUGUUUUCUAAACAAUAUUAUGUUCAGUUUGUUUUCUCUAUCAGGGUUAUUUUACUAUUAUUUGCAGAUUUUUUUUUUAAAACUUUCUGUUCAAAUACCCUUUUGCAAGUAUGUUCUCUUGUAUGAAGUUUGUUGGUUGUAUCACCAUUACUUGUUUUUGCAAGACAAUCACAUACUUGUAUUUGUUAAUGAUAGGUUUACCGCCAAGCCUCUUGUCCAGACCAUCUUUGACGGAGGGAUGGCAACUUGUUUUGCUUACGGACAAACUGGAAGUGGUAAAACUCAUGUAAGUCUUUCCCUUUACCUGUCAGGUUGACACUAUAGCAGUACUGUCUCAUGUAACAUUUUACCCAUCUUUUACCCUAUUCAGACAAUGGGAGGAGAUUUUUCAGGGAAGAGCCAGAAUAGCUCCAAAGGGAUCUAUGCCUUGGCGGGUAAUUGAUUAUGCCUACUUUCUAUUGGCAUCAACAUUACAAUAUUGGCUUAGUUAUCCCUUUUGAUUAUUUUCUAUAAGUAUUUUGAUAUUUCUGAGGGCAAUACUACAAAAUAGAUCUAUCCACCUCACAUUUUAGAUACCCUUUUUUUUUAUGUACGGAAAUGUUAUACGUACAGUGCAUUCGGAAAGUAUUCAGACCCCUUCCCUUUUUAAAAAUGUUGUUACGCUACAGCUCUAUUUUAAAAUGUAUUACAUUAUUUUUUUCCCUCAUCAAUCUACACACUACCCCAUAAUGACAAAGCGAAAACAGGUUUUUAGAAAUGUUUCUAAUGUAUUACAAAUAAAAAAAGAAAUACCUUAUUAACAUAAGUAUUCAGAACCUUUGCUAUGAGACUCGAAAUUGAGCUCAGGUGCAUCCUGUUUCCAUUGAUCAUCCUUGAGAUGUUUCUACAACUUCAUUUGAGUCCACCUGUGGUAAAUUAAAUUAAUUGGACAUGAUUUGGAAAGGCAUACACUUGUCUAUAUAAGGUCCAACAGUUGACAGUGCAUGUCAGAGCAAAAACCAAGCCAUGAGGUUGAAGGAAUUGUCCGUAGACCUCCAAGACAGGAUUGUGUCAAGGCACAGAUCUGGGGAAGGGUACCAAAACCUUUCUGCAGCAUUGAAGGUCCCCAAGAACACAUUGGCCUCCAUCAUUCCUAAAUGGAAGAAGUUUGGAACCACCAAGACUCUUCCUAAAGCUGGCUGCCCGGCCAAACUGAGCAAUCGGGGAAGAAGUGCCUUGGUCAGGGAGGUGACCAAGAACCUGAUGGUCACUCUGACAGAGUUCCUCUGUGGAGAUGGGAUAACCUUCCAGAAGGACAACCAUCUCUGCAGCACUCCACCAAUCAGGCCUUUAUGGUAGAGUGACCAGAAGGAAGCCACUCCUCCGUAAAAGGCACAUGACAGCCCGCUUGGAGUUUGCCAAAAGGCACCUAAAGAACUCUCAGACCAUGAGAAACAAGAUUCUCUGGUCUGAUGAAACCAAGAUUGAACUCUUUGGCCUGAAUGCCAAGCGUCACAUCUAGAGGAAACCUGGCAGAAUCAUGUUGUGUGGAUGUUUUUCAGCGGCAGGGACUGGGAGACUAGUCAGGAUCAAUGGAAAGAUGAACGGAGCAAAGUACAGAGAUCCUUGAUGAAAACCUGCUCCAGAGCGCUCAGGACCUCAGACUGGGGUGAAGGUUCACCUUCCAACAGGACAACAACCCUAAGCACACAGCCAAGACAAUGCAGGAGUGGCUUCUGGACAAGUCUCUGAAUGUCCUUGAGUGGCCCAGCCAGAGCCCGGACUUGAACCAGAUCGAACAUCUCUGGAGAGACCUGAAAAUAGCUGUGCAGCGACGCUCCCCAGCCAACCUGACAGAGCUUGAGAGGAUCUGCAGAGAAGAAUGGGAGAAACUCCCCAAAUACAGGUGUGCCAAGCUUGCAGCGUCAUACCCAAGAAGACUCGAGGCUGUAAUUGCUGCCAAAGGUGCUUCAACAAAGUACUGAGUAAAGGGUCUGAAUACUUAUGUAAAUGUGAUUUCCGUUUUUUUUAUUUAUUUACAUUUGAAAACAAUUCUAAAAACCAGUUUUUGCUUCGUCAUUAUGGGGUAUUGUCUGUAGAUUGAGUGAUUUUUUUCACCAAAAAAAACUACAUUUCAUUUUAGAAUAAGGCUGUAACGUAACAAUGUGGAAAAAGUCAAGGGGUCGUAAUACUUUCCGAAUGCACUGUACAUAACCUUUACUUAGGCGAUACUUCCAUGAUGUCUUUCAGUGUCUUGUAACUUCUUGUUCCUCUUACUUGUUCUUUAGCUCAGGAUGUGUUCACCCUUCUGAAGCAGAGGAGAUAUUCCAGUCAGGACCUGUGCCCCUAUGUGACCUUCUUUGAGAUCUACAACGGCAAGGUGAGAAGGAAGCACUCGUAGUACUCCUCAAGCAGCUUGGUGAUUUGGAUGGUAGAAAUGUUUUGUUGUUGGUGGAGAAUCCAUCAUGAUUGGAACAGAAGUUUAGACUAAUUUUAGAUAUGACUAAGGUUGUGUCCCAAAUGGCAACCUAUAUAGUGAACUACUUUUGACCAGAGCACUACUAACACUUGGCUUCCCAUAUGCAGGUGUUUGAUCUGCUGAACAAGAAGGCCAAGCUGAGAGUGCUAGAGGAUGAGAAACAACAGGUCCAGGUGGUCGGCCUGCAGGAGAUGUACGUGUCGUGUGCUGAAGACGUCAUCAAGAUGAUUGAGAUGGGCAGUGCAUGCAGGUACAUAUGUUGUUUUGACUCCACCCGGAGUGUAUUCAGUGAGGUGAAACAUUCAAAACGUUACAGAUAUACAUGGAAUUAGUAGAGCUGACAGGAUUCCCUAUUCUGCUUGACACACAAUCAUAUCUUGUCUACACUGUACAUUUUGGAACGUUGCGCCCUCCUGAACAGACCCCUGGUUUUCCCUCCCCCUGUCUAGCAAGUGUGUUGUCUUCUGUUCCUGUUUUGUAUUUUGACAAAUAUGAAUAUCUCAUCUAACUUUAGCAUACUAAAGCCCUAUAGAGUCCUCCAGAAACAAAAAAGGAUCAAUACAACUUAUUUUAAAGUGUAAGUGCAUAGUGAUUUAUUUGUGACGACGAUCUGAUGCAUCUUUCUCAGGACGUCUGGCCAGACGUCCGCCAACGCCAACUCGUCUCGCUCCCACGCCAUCCUGCAGGUGAUCCUGCGGAGGAGGAACAAGCUGCACGGAAAGUUCUCCCUGGUGGACCUGGCGGGGAACGAAAGGGGCACAGACGUCAGCAGCAACGACAGACAAACCCUCGUAGAGACGGCCGAGAUCAACCGCAGCCUGCUGGCUCUCAAGGUGAAUACAACUACUGUCUACUGUCCUUCUAUUCUCACUCUUUAGACCUCCCUUUACCUGGGUCGUAUUCAUUAGUGAACACACCGUAGCAAAAUGUUUUGCAACAGAAAAUGGGAACAGGUGUUUCUAAUUGGACAUGUUCAGUUAGUCCCUCUGUUGCAGUCCGUUUUCUUCAGUUUUAUGCCUAGAGAAUAUGACCCUGAUCAUAUAGCAGGUAUGAACCACCUCUAUAUACAGCAUAAGCCUUCAGAAAUGUGUAGGCAAUGUCAACAGUGUAUCAAUGUAACAAUAUCUUGUGACCUCAAAAUAACCUUUUUUGAAACUUUUUUGGCCCGCGACGCCGUUUUGAUAUCACUUUUUUUCCGCGACGCCACCAUGUACAUUUUUUUAUCAAUGUAUAAUAAUAAUAACAAAAAAAGUAAUCGACAUUUACUUUUUUAAUUGGGCAUAUUAUUCUAUUACAAAUCAGUCUGAGUACUUUUGACAGUAUUUCAAUCUGAAGGAGGUAUGGUUUGAAGAGACUGAAAUGCAUCAGAAAGGUAUUGGGAAGUUCAGAAGAUCAUCAGGCAAUAAUGUGUAGAAAACAACGUCAUUGUUCUUUUUCCCAGUCUGAUUUAGUGCCUGGUCUUGUCAACUCUGUUCUAAUGAAUCCUGCGGCUUGUGGGCAUUGUGGAGGGAAACAGAAGGCUUAUACAUGUUCCUGAGAGUCGUGUCUUUCAGUGGUGGGAUCAUAAUACUUUGUAGUUUAAACGGUUCAAAGGAUAGAGCCACAUUUGUAGGAAGAAAACUGAAACCACUCUGUUUAUUACAACUGCAUCUAGUGGCUACCAGAGGUUACUGACGUAACCCCGGUUCUAUGAACCAAGCGUUCUUUUUUUAAUUUCAGUUUCUCUUGUGUGGGGUCGCGACCCCUAGUUUGCGAAAUGCUGGUUUGAACGCUGCUUGCUUGCUUCCUCCUCUCCCUGUAGGAAUGUAUUCGCUCAUUGGGGAUGGACAGCCACCACAUACCCUUCAGGAUGAGCAAGCUGACACAGGUGCUCCGAGAUUCCUUCAUCGGAGAGAACUCCAGGACAUGCAUGGUAAGGCUUGACUCCUCCUCCUUUCUUUGGGCUUUAGGUCUAGAGGCACAGUCUGAAAAAUGUCUUAUUAUUAGGGGGGGGUAGGAAGUCUGGGGUGGCAGGAGGGGGACAGUGGGAGCAGGUAGCUGACUAGUGGUGUCUAUUCAGCAGCCUGAUCUGGGUGUACAAGCUAUUGGCCAGUCUUACAGUUUUUGCCAUGAUGCUCCUAUACUGCCUGCGUCUGAAUGAUGGAAACGGGGAGAACUGGCCGUGGCUGGGGUCCCUGAUGAUCCUUUUGUCCUUCCUGCGACCCCUGGUGGUGUAGGUGUCCUGAGGGCAGGCAGUGUGCACCCAAGGGUGUGUACGGUUGAGCAUACCACCCUCUGUAGCACCUUGCAGUCCGCGCCGGUGGAGUUGCCGUACCAGUGUGAUGCAGCCCGACAGUUUGGAGACAGGCCACAUUUUUUCAGCAUCAUGAGGUUGAAGAGUCACUGUCUUGCCUUCACCAGUGUGUGUGUGGUUUAACCAUUUCAGCUCCUUGGAGAUGUCAAGUUCCUCAGCGUACAUUUUUGACAGUCUCCAUGGUGGCUCCGUUGAUGAGGAAGGGGGCGUGCCUAGCCUUGUUCCUCCUGAAGUCCACAAUAAGCUCCUUUUUGUAUUUCUGACUUUAAGGAGAGGUUUUUUUUACCUGGCACCACGCCGUCAGAGUACUCACAUCCUCCCUGUAGGCAGUCUCGUCAUUGUUGGUAAUCAGGCCUACUACUGUCAUGUCGUCAGCGAGAAUCAGUGUGGAAGAGGUAAUGUUGCCUACCUUCACCACCUAGGGGGUGGCCUGUCAGGAAGUCCAGGACCCAGUUGCAUAGGGAGGAGUUCAGGGCCGUGAGCUUUGUGUUAAGCUUAGAGGGCACUAUGGUAUUGAAGGCCGAGCUGUAGUCGAUGAACAGAAUCCUCACAAAUGCAUUCCUUUUGUCCAGGUGGGUGAGGGCAAUGUGCAGUACAAUGGCAUUUGCAUCGUCCGUGAAUCUGUCGGGCGGUAGGCGAAUUGGAGCGGGUUGAGUGUGUCGGGGAGGGAAGAGGUGAUGUGGUCUUUGACUAGCCUCUUGAAGCACUUCAUGAUGAAGUGAGUGAGUGCUACGGGUCGCUAGUCAUUCAGUUACUUUCCCUUUCUUGGGCACGGGGAUGAUAGUGGACAUCUUGAAGCAGGUGGGGUUAGCGGCCUGAGCUAGAGAGAUUGAAAAUGUCCGAAAACACAACAGCCAGCUGGUCUGCACAUGCUCUGAGGGCGUGGCUAGGGAUGCCGUCUGGGCCGGCAGCCUUACGAGGGUUAACACGUUUGAAUGACUUACACAGGUCCUCUGUGGAGACCGUAAGUACGUAACCCUUGUUGUCCUCAGGGGCUCUCCUUGUCCGCUCAGUCGUCGUUGUGCUCGAAGCGUGGGGAAUAAGGUGUUUAGCUCAUCUGGUAGGGCGGCGUUAGUGUCCGUGACGUGGCUGGCUUUCUUUUUGUAAUCUGUGAUCGUUAGGAGCCCCUGCCACAUACGCCUCUUAUUCGACCCGCUGAAUUGCUCCUCCACUUUGUCCCUAUACUUAAUAUCGGCUAUAAUGUUUAUUGGUUUUCUUAUGUUCCAGAUUGCUAUGGUGUCUCCUGGAAUGGCCUCAUGCGAUUACACUCUAAACACACUACGCUAUGCAGACAGGUACACUCAAACCCAUGAAUGGAUAGUAAGUAUGUUGUUGUUGAUUUUCAGUGGUAAAUGUUUCUUAUGUAUUUUGUUCCUUGUCAUAGAGCGAAGGGACUGAACGGGACAUCCAGGGUGAAUGAUGCUGAUCUUCCCAAGAAGAUUGAUGAGAUGGAAGUGGAGAACAGCUCCUCAGAGGAGGUGAGAUCGAAAGACCUUGGGUGUGAUAAAGUAGUGCUUUUUGGUUCGCCAGCCACUGUGGCAGUUAGAUAAAAAAUCUACCCACCACUCAGAUUUUUUACCAGCCAAAAUAGAAUAAGAAUGUCGCUGAAAUUACACAAACAAAACACAAAUGGAUGAGCAUGCUUUGUAAUGUUUCGAAAACAAUAAAUGUAUUACUACUAAGAAGUAAUGUGGUAUAUUGUUUUAAUUUCAUUUCAUUUUUUGUGAUGUGAGUCUUAACCAAAAUAUCACAGAUGAGACAAAUGUUCACCUCCCCUUUAAGGUUGGGCGGUUACAAUUGUUAGUCAUGUUUGUGCCUGUGAGAUUGUCUGACUAGUAGCAGCGUUGUCUUCUCUUCCCUAGCAGUUGAAACUCAAACAUUGAAAAACAACCUAGCUUGUGAACAAAACAAUUUAAAUAGCCAAAAAAGCCAACUUUUAUGCCUCUGCUCAGCUCUUAACCUGCGCACGGCCCCCAGCCAGGCAGUGUUGCAGCGUGAGGUGGGAUAUGCUAUAGGAUUCGUACUUCUUUGACUUUGUGCAAUUUAAUUUAUCAGCUAUGAAACAAAACUGCAGAAAUACUUUGAAAACAGCUACUGCAGCAUUAAUUUGACUAUAAAUGUGAUCAUACUUUACUAUUUUUAUUCACAAAUGCGAAUGAAGUGCACACUGUGGAGCCCUGACCACCUGCCAAUGUUGCUGGUGAAAUAGACAUUUUACCCACCAAUGCCAAAUUCGACCUGCAUUUUGCAGUGUCGUGUGUUAAUUUUAGGCCCUGACUAGGAGGUGGGGUGCCAUUUCAGAUGCAGCCCCUGUUUAGUUGCUUGUCACUGAAAAUAUGUCACUUUAAAGAGAUGGUACUAGAUACUUCCUGGUCUUCAGUCUGACAUAGUAUCAAGUACUCAAGUGGACACUAGACAGUGAUGCCUUCAAGAAUAUUAACUCCCAGUCUUGUUUGCAGGACUCCAUUGUGCCCAUGACCGACAUGUAUGAGGCCAUUUCCCAGGUGUCUGAGCUGGAGGAGAGAGUGCAUGAGGAGUUGACGGUAUACCUAGCUUUUUUUUUCUCACCUCAUGUUAAAGGGAAAUUCCCAAAAAUGUCAACUUCAUAUUCACAAUCUCCAGCACCACCCCAACAUCAACGUAUGUGAAAAUUGUGCUUUUCUAUUUUUUGUAGUAAAAAAAGAGAGAGUAAGAUAAGUGUUUGCAAUGACAUCAUUGGUGUGCAUCGUGUGAUUAAAAAAAAACAAUUAUGAGUAGGUAUUGCCUACUAAUUGGUUGAUGUCAUUGGAAACACUUAUCUUUUUUAACAAAAAACAUAGAAACGUGUCAUUUUCACAUGGUGGAGAUGAAUAUAAAGUUCUGACAUUCUGAAAUUAUAACAGCACCAAUUUUUGGCUUGAAUUGAAAUGUAAUAAAAUAUUUGACACUUCAAAUGACUGUAUUGAAUGGGUAAGUUUCAUAUGUCUUUGUUUUCUUAUGUGUUGUACAGAGGGCCAGUGAUUUUCUCAAGCCAAUGGAGAUGCCAUCAUAUGACAUUGAGGCUGGGGUGACAGAUAUUGUGGACUACGCAAGAAAAUUACUGGGUAUGUGAAUGUGUUGAGGAACCAGUUACUUUUCUAAUUCCAUUAGCCUAACCUGAGUUACUUUUCUAAUUCCAUUAGCCUAACCUGAGAUCUAAAGCCAAUGUUGGUCCCAGGUGUGCCCUCUAGAUUUUCUAACUUUGUGGCCUUGGCUUACUCUUGUUGACAGACACAGUCCUGGCAUUGCAAUCUGCCAUCGAUGGCGAGCGACUGGCAAGGCUGUCGCCCAAAUCAGGUUAUUGCUGAGAGGGACAGCCACUCAACUUGUUCACUUGGAAAUAUGGUGCUAUUAAAAGUACCAUUGAGUUGUGAAUGUUUUAUCAUGCAUUAACUAUUGUGCAAGGGUUCAAUUGGGCAUAAAUUCAAUUCCGCUAACUUUAAUGAAUGGCAAAAUAAAUAAAACAUUACCUCUAACAUGUAAAGCCUCUCACUACAUACCAUAGAUGUCCAUGAAAGAAUGUUAACAAUUCAUGUUUUCAAUGUAUUUGUAUACAAAAUGAAAAUUUGUCCAGCUUUGAAAUUAUUUGAGUGUAAGUUUUUUUAUUAAACGUAUUCCUAUUGAUAUGUCAUCCUUAACGUAAUGUUAUUUUGUUGCAUUUAUCAACCAACCAACCAUUUGCCUG